AUGACUGCCUCAUAUGAGUCAGGCUUGCUCACUAAGGCCAUUGCCAAGUACCAGUUCUCUCUCACUGCUGAGUAUGGUGGUAAGAGGGUCAACACAGAGCAGGAAAACUGGAAUGAAGCCACUGAGAUUGAAGAGUCUCUUUAUGUGACCCUGCAGCCCAAUGAGAAGAUGUAAAUAUGGCAAUACCAGCUGGGCUUGGGCAAGGAAACGGUCUUGUUCUGCCAUGAUAUGAAAUUUACAGGUGAUUCUACUCCACCUACAGAUAUUCCUUUGCCACCUUCUAAUAAAUGAAAUACAGUGGUACCUCGCGUUAAGUACUUAAUUCAUUCCGGAGGUCUGUUCUUAACCUGAAACUGUUCUUAACCUGAAGCACCACUUUAGCUGAUGGGGCCUCCUGCUGCUGCUGCGCCGGCAGAGCCAGAUUUCUGCUCUCAUCCUGAAGCAAAGUUCUUAACCCGAGGUAAUAUUUCUGGGUUAGUGGAGUCUGUAACCUGAAGCGUAUGUAACCUGAGGUACCACUGUAUGGUAGGUCAACAGGAACGCUCAAAGGCUUCCUCCCCAUUUAGGGAUCUUUUAUUAAAUUUGGGUGAUUAUUGUGGGCUAAAGUUUAGAAAAUAUAGAGCUCUCACAGCACUAGAAAAUGAUAGAUACUGUAUUCUAAGGUCCGCUGAUGCUAUAUUUUGUUCCUGGAAGACUCUGCACGCUGAGAAGGGGAGUGGGAGGGUUUUCUUGUGGUUGUGUCUCUGCUUAUCAAUAAUUUUUUUUUUUAGUUCCAAUGUAGGAGGAGCGGUACGUAGUUUCUCAUUAACCCAUAGCCUCUUCUAUCCUAUUUAAGCAGCAAGUGUUCACACAUUUCCCUCAUUCUCCACCAAGAGAAGCAGCUGCCACCUAUUACAAAAGUUUUUGUGCAAAUACUGGUAAGUCUUGGAGGGCUACUGGGCAGGAGUGGAGAGAGAUAACUUUAGAAUUUGGGGCAUAAGGGAGGGAAUGCUUGUUGUGGACCUGCAGUCUAACUACCUCUUUAUAAUUAUAAAGGUUAUAAUUAUAAACUCUAAGGUUUUUAUUUCAGCAAUAACAGUACAAGUUAAAUGAAGUUCCUUUUAAUAAUCAAACAACCAGUCUACUAAAACAGAUCAUGUAUUCUAGCAAAAAAUCUUGACUCUAAAAAUGACAUUAAUGCAUAUUCAAGGAGAAUCUCUCUCUGCACAGCUGAAGAAAAAUCCCAGGGGGUUCCAGGGGCUGCUUCUUUGUGGACCUGUAGUCUAACUACUUCUUUAUAAUUAUUGAGGGCCAAUGAUAUUCCAUGUGUGAUAUUGAAGUGACAUGGGGCCUUCCCCAGUGGCGGAGGAAGGGGGGCGGGCCCCCCGGGUGCCAUCUCUGAGGAGGUGUGACAAGAAGGCACACCUCAGGGGGCUCCCCUGCCACCCCGGGCGUGCACCGUCAUUGUGCUGCUGCAGACGCGUGUGGAGGAUCCUCUGCUCGCGGCUGCACUCUCCUCCGCUCGAGUGGUGCCAUCGGCAAACCGACCAGUGGCGCAUGCACAGCUCCGCUCAAGUGCCAUACAGUGUACCCUAACCCUCCACCACUGCUGCAGACACGAGCGAAGGAUCCCACUGACUCCGCUGCAGCUGCGAGCAGAGGAUCCCGCUGCCAUACAUACGGUGUGCACACAUGCAUGGUACAUAGCGGCGCACACGUGGUACGUAGCGGCACCUGCGCAUGCGCCGAUGAGCGGUUUGCCCCGCCCCCCUACCCUGGGUGCCUGUUCUUCUUCCUUCGCCACUGGCUUCCCUAAGGCUUUAGGGAUUGGUAUCUCUGGUUCCUCCAGCAACCAGAACUCCCUUCAUUUACUCAGUCUCCUCUAAACGUCAUGAAACACCUUGCAGGAUGACAUCAUGAUGUGAUCCAGAGGCAGAAUCCCCAUUCCUACCCGAUUCUGAACUCAUAUGCAACAUCUUGGGUUUGGAAGGGGCCAUGGGUAUCUUUGAGAACGCAGAUGGGACUGGAAGGGGACUCUGGGUAGGGGAAGGAUUAAGCAACAGAGAAGCCAGAGCUCCCUGGAACAUUUCUUUUGUAAAUAGUUUAUAAAGUAUAUCUUAGGAAAAUCCAUCCCUACCUCCAGAUCUCUUUCAGAAUGCAAUCCUAUACAAACUGAGUGUUUCUUGAAUAGCAAGGUGUACGGCUGCAUAUAGUCACCAGGAGACCAUGCCUAUCUCAAUGCUUUGUGAUAAUUUAUUUCAUAAAGUGGUUUUGCAUUGUGUGGAAAGGUAUCUUCUUUUGCCUAUCACUGACUCUGCUGUCAGGCUGAGUCCUCUUGAGCUCUUGAGCUCUAGAGUUAUGGCACCAGAAGAGGGAGUGAGGAAUAGCCACUUCUUUAGUGUCACACAUAAUCUUAUAAACUUCUAUUAUGCCCCUCUUUUUAUAUUCCUGAAUCAAAAACACCCAAAUGGUGGAGUUUAGUGGCUGAUCAGACCACCAGCCCUUCUUGUGCAGAGUGAGGAAGAGACCCAAGAACACAGGAUGUAUACCUCACUCUAAGGUUUUUAUUUAAGCAAUAACAGUACAAGUUAAAUGAAGUUCCUUUUAAUAAUACAACAACCAAUCUACUAAAACAAACCACGUAUUCCAGCAGCUGAGUUUGAAUUUAAAAAUGACAUUCAUGCAUAUUCAAGAACACUUUCCUCUGCUGAGCUGUAGCAAGAUCCCAAGGUGUUCCAGGGACUCACCCAGUGCUCCUUUGGAGAAUUGAAGACAUGGUAGAGACUGUUGUAGCUUUAAGAAAUAUGAUUUAUACACAUAUUUAAACCUUCAGUCUGCAUGGAGGGGGUGCAGAACUUACAGCAUGGCAAUCCCAAGCAGGGAUGCUCAUCUAGUCUUAACAAUCUGCACCUUCUGGACACGUUGGUGUUAGAAGGAACAAAUCAGACGCCACAAGAAAAUAUGAGGGGGAAUAAAGAAUUGGGGAAUCUCUUCUCUUCCCCCACAGCCCCCAUAGAUGUGUCCUUCCAUCCUCUCCUAGCUCUGAACCUCAACAGUCUGGCACUACAGUACUAUUGCUGUAGAGCAUUAACUACCGAGGUUGAGGGUAGGCAAGUAAGUUUAUCUGCCCCUUCCAGUGCUGUAUGGGAGAAUGGGUGGUGUCGGUUUAUGCACACAAUGAGAUAAGCAGCUUCAGAUCUGAAUUUUGCUCCUCUUUCCAAGAUAUUCUGAGCUGUUAGGCAGUCUCCUCCCAUCACAGCUGAGAUAGGAAAUUAAUUAGAACAGCGGUUACCAGCAUGGCACUCAUGAGUGCCUGGGUGCCCUCGUAUGGUGCCCACAAAAGGCCUCAGUAAAUAUCCCCUCAAAAUCCACUGGCUCUGUACAAAGUGUGUAACAAAUGUUGGAAAUGUAAAGAAAAAGAGGGAACAUUUUAUCAUAUGUGGUGGGAGUGUAAAAAGGUGAAAUGCUUCUGGGAAAUCAUAUAUAAUGAAUUGAAAAAAAUGUUGAAAUAUACAUUUGUAAAGAAACCAGAGGCAGUUCUGUUAGGCAUGGUUGGAAGUGAAAGAAAUAGAAAAGAACGUAAGCUUUUUUUAUACGCGGUAACAGCUGCAAGGACAUUAUUGGCCCAAAAAUGGAUACAAUAAGAGAUACCAAUGAUGGAAGAAUGGAGAAUGAAAUUAAUGGACUAUGCAGAACUCAACAAAUUAACAGGAAAGAUCUGAAACCGACGGAACCAUAGGUUCACCGAGGACUGGAGUAAAUUUGUAGAUUAUUUGAAAAGUAGAUGUGAUGAACAAAUAACGUUUGUUGGUUUGCAAAAGGCUCUGUGAAGAAUUAAUAUUAAAAAUAUUGUAAAAAAGGGAGUAGGGAGGAGGAAGGUUAUCAUUAUAAGACAAUAUAAAAUUAGGAAAUGCGUAAAAAAGAAUCAAAACGGAGGAUUGUCAGAAGAGCUGAGGGAAGUCCAAAAAAGAAUGUAUUUGUGAAAAAAUGUGUGUUAUGUUCUUAUAAUUUUGUAUUGUAAAAUAUUAUAAAAAAAACAAAACAAAAUCCACUGGCUCAGCCUCUCCAUUUAAUGGGGCUUGAGUACUGAAGGCCCACUCUCUCAUAUGUUCUGAACAAGGGAGAGGUGCAAAGAGCUUCUCUUUGUGAGCAAGCACAGCAGUGAUGAAUGUCGGUGUUUUUGCCACACUGAGCCUUCAAAAAAGCAUUGAUUUCCAGCAAAAUCUGGAUCUUUCAUUUCCUAAACAGCCAUUCCCUAAAAUCACAAGGCAAACUACUUUUAAAACUGGCCAGCCUGUCAAACGCAAUUUAUAUUCCUUAGAAGGUGUGGGUGGGUCUCCUAUCAAAUGGAGAGAGAAAUAGAUAGAGAAAUAUGUCUUCACAAGGAGAAGGUGUUUGCUUCGUCUUUAAAGCACCUCACAAUUAAUUAGUAAUCAUUUACCUUUGGAAUUAUAUUUGGCACUGGCAGGUAUAUUGUGUUAAAGCAUUGAGACAAUUUUCCAAGACGUCAGCAAAUUCUGUUAAUUAUUUCAUUUUCAUAAACAAUAAAAUAAGUAAAUAGAGUAAAUAAAUGAUCAAUUUGUGAAAUCUUCUGAUCUAACUGAAUACAUUGCUUUCUUUUCCUAGAAUCAAGCACCAUGCCAGAGAUAGUCCCUAAGAACAAAGCCCCAGGGGUUGAUUUCUGUGGGGUAGAUGAAUAUUACUACAUUGUCCGCUCAGACCUGGGCUGCUACAUGAGGUCCACCAAUUUCCAUGAGGGCAAAGACCUCGAAGUGUUUAGCCUGCACAGUUCCUGCCAGGGAGGAGAUCACUACUUAGCCCAUGAGGAUGACCUAUUCUACAUCAUCAAAGGAGACAACUAUCGCCGUGUCAGCAACAUGAAUAAAGACUUAGGUGCUGUAGUAUACAGCCUCCAUCCCAACUGCCGCGGAGGGGACCAUUACCUCUCAGCCUUUGGAUCCUUCUAUAUCAUUUUCCAGAAAAGAGGUGUUUACCGUCGGGUCAGUAAUAUGCAUGAAGAUACAGAUGCAGUUGAAUACACACUUCACCCAACUUGCAAGGGUGGUCUCUAUUACUGGGGCAUCAAGAAUUACUAUUACUUUGUAAAACCCCAUGAUGAAUGGGGGGUUCAGUACUAUAGAUGCACCAACUUCCAUGAAAAUUUGGAUGCUGAAACAUACUCCUUCCAUAGUGAUGUUGUGAACAUGCUCCCUGGAGGAAUGGCUAUUACCUAUGGUCCAGCUUAUGGUAGAUGGGAACCUAUCAAGACCAUCUCCAAUGAGUCCAGCACUCCCAUUGUGUGGAAUAAGAAGAUCACCAAGAAAGUGGGAUACAACAAGCAGAAGAUGACCAAUGUGGAGCACAACUGGAAGGUUUCCAUGACUGCCUCAUAUCAGUCAGGUGCGCUCACUGAAGCCAUUGCCAAGUAUCAGUUCUCUCUCACUGCUGAGUAUGGUGGGAAGAGGGUCAACACAGAGCAGGAAAACUGGAAUGAAGCCACUGAGAUCGAAGAAGCUAUUAGUGUAACCGUGCAGCCCAAUGAGAAGAUGUACAUAUGGCAGUUUGAGAUGGGCUUGGGCAAGGAAGAGGUCUUGUUCUGCCGUGAUAUAAAAUUUACGAGUGAUUCUACUCCACCUACAGAUAUUCCUUUACCACCUUCUGAUAAGUGA